AUGGAGGCGAUGGAAGUUGUCGAAACGAACGCAUCCGAAGUCGUCGACGAGCCCUUUGAGUUCCUGCGUUUGCCGUUGAUCCCGCAAGAAGAGAUUCUGGCGAAUUGUGGACUACUGGAGCGGGCACGGCUCCGGCAAGUAUGCAAGGACCUCAAGAACUUUGUCGAGCUGCAUGGACCACUUCCAGAAAAGAUGUUGCGCGUCCACAUUGAUGGUCAGCCUGGCAAGUUGCGCGUCGUGCUCUGCGAUGAGUAUCAUGAGCAUUACACUGUCACCGUCGACGAAAAUGGGCUGGGCUUUAAGUUCGGGCGUGAAAAUCCGAAGGAAUGGACGACGUUACCCAGUGACGAGACUGUCAACAAUCUUCUCAAGCACGUUCGGCCGCGAUUCGUCUACUACACGAGAUACGUGGAUGAUAUGUCACCUGAGAGUUUGGAUGGCCUGGAUAUCGCGAGACAGUCCAUCUGCGUGUCACUACGGUUUAUCUGCAUGGCAAGGCUGCUUGAGCGUAUGCGUCGACGGGGCUUCGAGAAUAAAGAAAUAUUGAACUUUGUCUGGAUUCGCGACAAUCGUUCGUGCUUCUACUUGCAUCCGUGUCAAGCGUGCGCUAACGGCUACGAGGCGUUGCUGGAAUUUCUGCCAAAAUGCCGAAAAAUUUACCUGCGUUCGCGCGUGGAGUUAUUCGACGCCCCACCGGUCGAUGAUCCUCCCCAGCAUGCGCUUCCGCUUUGGAAGCCGACGGAGGAUAGUAUUCGACAGAUGAUCCUGGAUCGCGCCGCGCCAGAACAUCUCAACGUGCUAGAACCCCGAAUGGUGGCCAUCGACUUGGAAGAUUGCAACAUAGAAGGCCAAUUCAAGAUCAUCUCGCAACUUGAUAUCGCGGACGGCCCAAUCUAUUUGCAAGAUGAGAAGUUGUACAUCUACAUUCUAUCGCGCAGCACCUACGGCUACAAAGCCUUCCUCAUGAUUCAGAAUUUCGAAAUGUGUUACUUGGGACAGCACUAUGAAAAGUACGAAGAUAUGCUGCGUGAUCUGCGAGACACCAAUCAUCGUUAUCCAGUCGUCUGCAGACCAAAA